AUGUCCCUGUUUACGUUUGGCAGCGAAGCCUCGAUGCCUGGCAAGGAAGCACUAUCCGAUGCGUACGCCUUUCAAUUUGCCAGAAAUCAGGAGCCCAGUAAGACAGAAAGCCCCAUGCCAAAGGACCAGAUUUUUACAAUCAAAGACAUGAUGGAUAGCCUUGGAAUGGCACCUACAAAGGCCAUAGCCAAAUCAGACUCGGCGCUUGAAUACUUGUUUGAGGACGACGAAAAGUCAAACGCUCCUCGCCAAUCGUUUGGGUCCAGAUUGGCUUACGGAACGGGCAUCACAUACUUUUCCGGCCUGAUGUUUGGCGGCCUUUGGGGGUUUUCGGAAGGGUUUUUGCUCCCAGGCAAGCACUCCACCAAAAUGCGCUGGAAUAUGAUUCUAAAUUCUUGUACACGUAGAGGCCCCUUUUUGGCAAACAAUCUUGGCCUUAUAGCUCUUUUUUACAAUGGAUUCCAUGGCGGCUUGUUGAAGGCGUUAGACCAAGAUUCCAAUGUUUUAACAACGGCAGGCUGCGCAUCGCUUGCUGGGGCCAUUGUAAGAUCGCCUGCUGGCGCAAAACCAGCAUUGGUUGCCGGCGUUGUGACAGGCUCCGUGAUGGCGUUGUUUGAUAUUACUAGAAAUUUCUCUUACUAUUCGGAGGCUCUCAAUGAGAUCUUUUCAAAUAAAGCCACAUAA